CGCGGCCCGGGAGGAAUGCGUUUCCGGAGGGAGAGCGCGGCCGUGGCGGCCAGAGAAGAGGAUCGGCCGCGCCGAGGAGGCGGUGCCGCGGGGGUCGUUUCCUGCCGGGAGGCGGUGCCGGGCCGCCGAGUCUCCUCCUCCCACCCCCCAGGAGGAGGAGCCGCCGCCGCCCGCCGCGCCCGAGACCCGGGAGGCCCAGGCCCCGCGUGUCGGGGGCGGGGGACGUUGGGGCCGGGUGGGCCGCCGGGGCCGCGGCGUGGGUGGGGGCGGAAUCCUGCCCUGGGGCGGGAGAGGAAGUGCGGGCCGGCGGCCGCGCUCCCGGCGUCUCCCGCGGCCCUUCCUGCCCUUCCCAGGCGCGGGCGUCCCGAGGGCGCGGAGCCGGCCCUGCGCCGUUGCGAGUGGGAGGGUCGCCGGCCUGGGCGCUGUCACGUCGGGGCGGGGGUCGGCGGAGGACCCGGGCCAGUGACCGGCCCCCCCGGACACCUGCCAUUCAUAGCGAGCCUUGCCCGACUCGUGGCCUGGGCUGGGUUGAGCGAACUGACCCCGCGCGGCGCCCGGGUUUCCGUCCGCGGCUCCGGGCUCCGGCGCGUGCAGAUGAAUUUGCAACUGAUUCUCUGGAUUGGGCUGAUCAGUUCGAUUUGCUGUGUGUUUGGCCAAGCAGAUGAAAAUAGAUGUUUAAAAGCAAAUGCCAAAUCAUGUGGAGAAUGUAUACAAGCAGGGCCAAAUUGUGGAUGGUGUACAAAUUCAACGUUUUUACAAGAAGGAAUGCCUACUUCUGCACGGUGUGAUGAUUUAGAAGCUUUAAAAAAGAAGGGUUGCCAUCCAGAUGACAUAGAAAAUCCCAGAGGCUCCAAAGAUAUAAAGAAAAACAAAAAUGUAACCAACCGUAGCAAAGGAACAGCAGAGAAACUCCAGCCAGAAGAUAUUACUCAGAUCCAGCCUCAGCAGUUGGUUUUGCAAUUACGAUCAGGGGAGCCACAGACAUUUACAUUAAAAUUCAAGAGAGCUGAAGACUACCCCAUCGAUCUCUACUACCUUAUGGACCUCUCCUACUCUAUGAAAGAUGAUUUGGAGAAUGUUAAAAGUCUCGGAACGGAUCUCAUGAAUGAAAUGAGAAGGAUUACUUCAGACUUCAGAAUUGGAUUUGGCUCAUUUGUGGAGAAAACUGUGAUGCCUUACAUCAGUACAACACCAGCUAAGCUCAGGAACCCUUGCACAAGUGAGCAGAACUGUACCAGCCCAUUUAGCUACAAGAAUGUGCUCAGUCUUACUGAUAAAGGGGAGGUAUUUAAUGAACUUGUUGGUAAACAGCGCAUAUCUGGAAAUUUGGAUUCUCCCGAAGGUGGCUUUGAUGCAAUCAUGCAAGUUGCUGUUUGUGGAUCAUUGAUUGGCUGGAGGAAUGUCACACGGCUGCUGGUGUUUUCCACGGAUGCUGGGUUUCACUUUGCUGGAGAUGGCAAACUUGGUGGCAUUGUUUUACCAAAUGAUGGGCAGUGUCACCUGGAAAAUGAUGUGUACACAAUGAGCCAUUAUUAUGAUUAUCCUUCUAUUGCUCACCUCGUCCAGAAACUAAGUGAAAAUAACAUUCAGACAAUUUUUGCGGUUACGGAAGAAUUUCAGCCUGUUUACAAGGAACUGAAAAAUUUGAUCCCUAAGUCAGCAGUAGGAACAUUAUCUGCAAACUCCAGCAACGUGAUUCAGUUGAUUAUCGAUGCCUACAACUCCCUUUCCUCAGAAGUCAUUUUGGAAAACAGCAAAUUGCCAGAAGGAGUAACAAUAAAUUAUAAAUCUUACUGUAAGAAUGGGGUGAAUGGAACAGGGGAGAAUGGAAGAAAAUGUUCCAAUAUUUCCAUUGGAGAUGAGGUUCAGUUUGAAAUUAGCAUAACUUCAAAUAAAUGUCCAAAUAAGGAUUCUGAAACCAUUAAAAUUAAGCCUCUAGGCUUUACUGAAGAAGUAGAAGUUAUUCUUCAGUUCGUCUGUGAGUGUGAAUGCCAAAGUGAAGGCAUCCCUAGCAGUCCAAAGUGUCAUGAAGGAAAUGGAACAUUCGAGUGUGGAGCUUGCAGGUGCAACGAGGGACGUGUUGGUAGACAUUGCGAAUGUAGCACAGAUGAAGUGAACAGUGAAGAUAUGGAUGCUUACUGCAGGAAGGAGAACAGUUCGGAAAUCUGUAGUAACAAUGGAGAGUGUGUCUGUGGACAGUGUGUUUGUAGGAAGAGGGAUAAUACAAAUGAAAUUUAUUCUGGCAAAUUCUGCGAGUGUGAUAAUUUCAACUGCGAUAGAUCCAAUGGCUUAAUUUGUGGAGGAAAUGGCGUGUGCAAGUGUCGUGUGUGCGAGUGCAACCCCAACUACACUGGCAGUGCCUGUGACUGUUCUCUGGACACGACCUCGUGCCUGGCCACGAAUGGGCAGAUCUGCAACGGCCGGGGUGUGUGCGAGUGCGGGGCCUGUAAGUGCACCGACCCCAAGUUCCAGGGGCCAACCUGUGAGAUGUGUCAGACCUGCCUCGGUGUCUGUGCGGAACAUAAAGAAUGUGUUCAGUGCAGAGCCUUCAAUAAAGGAGAGAAGAAAGACACGUGUGCACAGGAAUGUUCACAUUUCAACAUUACCAAGGUUGAAAAUCGGGACAAAUUACCACAGCCAGGCCAGGUGGAUCCCCUGUCCCACUGUAAGGAGAAGGAUAUUGACGACUGCUGGUUCUAUUUCACAUAUUCAGUGAAUGGGAACAAUGAGGCCAUCGUCCAUGUUGUAGAGACUCCAGAGUGCCCCACUGGUCCAGACAUCAUUCCAAUUGUAGCUGGUGUGGUUGCUGGAAUUGUUCUUAUUGGCCUUGCAUUGCUGCUGAUUUGGAAGCUUUUAAUGAUAAUUCAUGACAGAAGGGAAUUUGCCAAAUUCGAAAAGGAAAAAAUGAAUGCCAAAUGGGACACGGGUGAAAAUCCUAUCUAUAAGAGUGCCGUGACAACUGUUGUCAAUCCGAAGUACGAGGGAAAAUGAGCACCACCCUUGCGGAUUCACGACACUGAAUUCAGAGUAGUAAUUUUCAUAGUCACAGUAAGGUAGCUUUAGGGCAAUAUCACCAUGGUUUCUCUCAUGUGCAGUUUUUGAAAAUGUACAAUAUGUAUAAUUUAAAUUUUUUUUUUAUUAUUUUGAAAAUAAUGUUAUAAUCAAUGCCAGGGACUGACAAAAAACUUGAGACAGGAUGGUUAUCCUCAUCAGCUAAGGUCACAUUGUGCCUUUUUGACCUUUUCCUCCUGGACUAUUGAAAUCAGCCUCUUACUGGAUUAAGUGAUAUUUCUAGAGUGAUUGAAAGGGCAGUAGUUAAAGUAAUGAGUAUGCUGAGAGUUUCUAUUAAUCAAGUAUUAAAAUUGAUUUUUAGCUUUACAGAUAUGUCAGGUUUUAGUUCCUCAGAAUCCAAAGUAAAUGUCCUACGUAGCUAGUUUAGAAUUGUUUUGAAUUUGUUAUUUUUCUCUUCGCCUAUUAGACAAGACUGAUGACAUAUCUGAAAGAUUGGGUAUAUUGGCAGUUACUGGUGUAAAAUAGUUUUGAAAUAUGUGAUCUACGGAGGCCGUGGGAAAAAUAAAGUUAGGAAGGGAAAACAUAGCUUUAAAACCUGUGUGCCAUUUUAAGAGUUAUUUAAUCUUGGUAACUCUUUGCCUUCUCUUUAGAAAUUCAAGACUUGGAUAAAAGUAUCGGGAAAUUUUCUGCAAAAAAGUCCUUAAUUUAGCAUCAUUUACAUAACGGCCUUAAUUUACAUAAUAUUUGCUGAAUUGAGGACCUUUGGGUGAAUUUAUUUUAUUCGUUGUAUUUUGUUUAAAGCCUGGUGCUUUUUAUCACCUCUUCUAAUCAUUUAGUGUAUUUGUUUGCAAUUUGGGGGUAAGACUUUUUUUUACCAGUACUUUUUCUUUGACAUUUCAGCUGUAAAUUUGCCUUUUUAAUGAACAUGUGAAGUUGUCCUUUGGCGUAGGUCACAGCCCUCACGUGUGCACGUCCCCCUUCAGCCCGCGCUCUAACAUACCCACUGUAUAUUCCCUUCUCACUGUUUGCCCGUUUUUGUUUCAUCCUAGUCACAUUCUUGUGUUAAGUGCCUUUUAAUUUUAACAGUUCACUUUUUACAUGCUGUUUACUGAAGUUAUUUAUUAAAUAAAUAUGCCGAAAAUAUGUAAA